AUGGUGGUAAGUUGGGGAUAUUUUGGAUUAUUCUUGUUUAUAUGUAGUAGUACCGUAUAUAUGCUAUAUUUUGGGGUAUUUUCGGAUGUAAUCAAAGUCAGAAAUAACAGUUUUUUGAGGCCAAUGCAAAAAAUUUAUAAUUUAUAUUGUAGUAGAGGCCCAGUACAAAUAGUUUAUUUUUUGACCGAACCCCUAGCUAGCGACUACUGAAAUGAACAAUUUUGGAAACUUUCUAUCACCUAGUUACCAAAAUACAGUACCAUUUUUGUCGUUUUUUUCUUGGAUUAUGAUAUUUUGUCUAAAAGCUUAAUUCAAGUAAUCCAAAAUUUAAAAAGUAAUCGAAAUAUAAAAGAAUCGCUGUGACUAACUUAAUUUCCUUUCAGAUGUUUGCAUUAUGGCCCAACUCGCAUGCCAAUGAAGCCUUGCUGCAUUCUUCCUUAAAAUCUCUCCACAACGUCAAUGUUUUUACCGAUCCCUUGGGCUGCGCGUAUUCCCAGCCAAGAACAAGUAAAGAAGCCAGUACUCAAACGGAAAACAAUGUGGAUGGAUGUAAGUUAACUUUCUAUAUUUUUGAUAGCAUAAACUUCUAUUGUGUAGAUAUACCAUAGCGAUUACUGUAGGUUAAAUUUCCGAAAAAUGAAAAACAAAAUUUUUGGUAAAAAAGUUCGUAAAUAUAAUUUUUUGGCAGAACUGCUUUUCAAAAAAGUUUAUUCAGUCUUUGCAGUUCAUCACCCAUCUAUUUACCACAAUUCUAGGCCAAGAAGUGCAUCAUAAUGACCUAUUUUUAGACUUUUCUCCCCAAAUUUUAAAUUUCGCAAUCAUUUUUCGUAAUCAACAAAACAAAACUUUCUUACGAUAAUAUUUCCAGCUCUCCGAUCAAAAGAAUGGAAGCAAAAGUGCCGUGUGGUAUCACUCAUUCUCUACCGCUCCAUUCCCGAUUACGAAAUCGCCCUGGAUCUGCGAAUCUCGCCCUCCUCUUCGCAUCAUACUGUAACCGGCCGAGUGAUCUUUUAUUUCCUCAAUUUCUUUUGCUCAUAUUGGAAACCCAUUGUAUUUAGUGGACUUACAAGUUAG